GCACAUUAUUAAAACAGACACUCGCACGUGCCUCUAAUUAAGCCAACGAGCGACUCUUCCUGUCGUCGACGCAACUUUGAAUUCUUUCAGCAGCUUUGGUUGUAAAGUAAACGGAGACUGAAAACAACUAUGUUUUGUUGCCUUCAUAUUCUUCCAGCGCCACUGCAGUUGUGCAUGGGAAUGUGUCUCCAUCGUGACGUCACGGAGGCGAGCAAAAAGGCCAAAAUCCAAAACAGUAAAAUAGAAGAAGACCUGAGCGAACAGGCCAAAAGUGAGAGGAAUGUGGUGAAAAUGCUCAUGCUUGGAUCUGCCGAGACUGGGAAGAGCACCCUGAUCAAGCAGGUCAAGAUCAUUCACAGCCAGGGCUUCUCCACACAGGAGCUCCUCAGCUUCAAGCCUGCUGUGAUGGACAACCUGCAGACCUCCAUGAAGUUUGUUCUUCACGGGAUGGGGAUGCUGAGGAUAAACCUCGCCAACAAGAACAACAAGGCGCACGCGCGCUCCGUCCUGUCCUGCGGCCGGUGUUUGGGCGACGACCAGGAGCUGCUCCCGUUCGUGGCGCACGCGUUCUACGCGCUGUGGGCCGACCAAGGGGUGCGGGCGGCGGCGGCCAGGGGCCACGAGUUCGGCCUCAACGACUCUGCGCUGUAUUUCUUUGACAACAUAAGCCGAAUCAUCGCUCCCGGAUACGUUCCCUCCGAGACCGAUGUUCUGAGAGUCAGGGUGAGGACGUCCGGCAUCAUCGAGACGCAGUUUCAAGUUGAUGAAGUAAUCUAUCGGUUGUAUGAUGUCGGCGGGCAGCGGAGCCAGAGGAGGAAGUGGCUUCGCUGCUUUGACGGCGUCCAGGCCGUGCUGUUUGUUGUGGCCCUCAGCAGUUACGACCAGACGCUAACGGACGACCCCUCAGUGAAUCGUCUGCAGGAAAGCCUUGAACUCUUCUCAUCGAUCUGCAGCAACGCUGUGUUUGAGAGCAGCUCCUUGAUUUUAUUCAUGAACAAAACUGAUCUUUUCCGGGAGAAGGUCCUUCACUCUGGAAGACACGUGAGAUUUUACAUCUGUAGUUAUACAGGAGCCGAUGCAGAUGUGGAUGCUGCAGCUCACCACAUCACAGCCAUGUUCUCGGCAUGUAACCGCCGUCCCGACAAGCCGGUGUACCAUCACUUCACCACAGCGACAGACACCGCCAACGUCCAGGUGGUGCUUCACAUGGUCAUCGAGCAGAUUGUCAGGCAGAAUCUAGCAGACGUUGAGCUGCUGUGAGAGUCUCCUGAAAAAUGUUUUUAUGUUGAAUUUUAACAUGUGACUAAUAAGGUUAUGUCUAAUUUUAUUUUUUAAGUAUUUUAAAUAAAAAUAUUUGAUAUAAAGAGAAAGAGGUGAGUUUUGG